AUGUCCCUUGAAUUUGGACAUUACUACCAGGCAAGCUGUCUUCAAGGUGAACAAAUAGAAAGGAACAAAGAAAGAGAGUCUGGAACAGGUCCAGAUACAACUCCACACAAUGUAGAAAAGAGAGAAGACAUGAAGAGGGACAAUAGUGCAGUUUUGACACAAACAGUCCCAGACAAUUCAAACAAAACACAACCAACAGAGAGGAAUGAGAGAGACGUUUGCAUAGCAUCAUGUGCAGCUGUAGAAGAGGCAAGCUGUCUUCAAGGUGAACAAAUAGAAAGGAACAAAGAAAGAGAGUCUGGAACAGGUCCAGAUACAACUCCACACAAUGUAGAAAAGAGAGAAGACAUGAAGAGGGACAAUCGGGCAGUUUUGACACAAACAGCCUCGAAGCCAAGUUUGAAUUUUCAUAUGUCAAAAAUGGCCUAUUCAAUACCCCUACAACCAUCACACUGGAAGGUGAUCGCUAUUAAGAAGGGGAAUCUUAACUGA